UAUUCAUUAAGUUUCAAUUAUAGUUCGAUUAUUAUUUUGUAGAUAUUUGAAGUACCUUACUAUCUGUUAAUUCUACAAAUAUGGUAAUAACCAACAAUGUACAUUUGCCGGACUGUUCCGAACUAAAUGUUCAAGAAGUAGACUUGUCUUCGCCGGUUCUGUUAGCUGCUGGGCCCUACCUCGGAAAAGACUGCGAAAACAUCAACAAUGAAUUUAUGUUAUGUAGAUUUGAAUCAGGUGAUCCGAGAGCGUGUCUUGGUCUCGGUAAAUUGGUUACAACGUGUACCUUGCAAUUUUUUCAAAAAGUAAAACGCGCGUGUUUUCACGAAUUCAAUCAAUAUGCAAAUUGUGUUGACAAGAGCUCUGGGGAUUUGUCGUUUAAGCACUGCAGGAAAACGCAGGCUGUUUUUGAAGAGUGUAUGGAUGAAAAGUUGUGUAUGAAGCGACCGGAGUUUGGGUAUUUCUGCCGUGCUCGGGUGCACAAGACUUCAAGACCUCCUCCUCCAGCGAACCCUUGUCCAUGCCAACCCGUAGUUCCAGACCCUACUCCCUCCCUCCCCGAUUGCAAACCCCGACAACAUCCACGAUUUGGAAGUCGCUUCUAUUGGAUGACAGAAUAAAUAGGAAUUAUUUAAAUGAGACUAAAUUAUGUAUUAAUGUUUAUCGACUGUCUGGUUUUCUACUACAUGUUAUUCGAUUUAUUUUAUUCCUGCGAACGCAUUUUGCGAUAUGAUAUGUUAAAAUACGUGCUGUAAUAAAUAAUAAUAAUAAAUGUUUAUUUCCGA